GAAUGAAUCUAUAGUUUGUGACAACUAGAAUUAUGAACAUCACUACACAUUUGUCGAUGGUUCUUUUUCAUGGCUGACGUUCGUAGGACCAAACCGCAGUCAUGAAGCUGAACGUCUCGUUCCCGGCGACGGGAUGCCAGAAGUUAUUCGAAGUGGUGGACGAGCACAAGCUCCGUAUCUUCUACGAGAAGCGCAUGGGCGCGGAAGUGGAGGCUGACCAGCUAGGCGAUGAAUGGAAGGGCUACGUGCUCCGCGUUGCUGGCGGUAAUGACAAGCAAGGGUUCCCCAUGAAGCAGGGAGUCCUUACAAACAGCCGUGUCCGUUUGCUGAUGUCCAAGGGUCACUCUUGCUACAGACCACGUCGUGAUGGUGAGAGGAAACGCAAAUCAGUCCGUGGCUGCAUUGUUGAUGCUAACCUCUCUGUAUUGGCUUUAGUUAUUGUCCGCAAGGGCACCCAGGAAAUUCCCGGUCUUACCGACGGCAAUGUUCCCCGCCGUCUUGGACCCAAACGUGCAUCCAAAAUCCGCAAGCUGUUCAACUUGAGCAAAGAGGAUGACGUCCGUCGCUAUGUUGUCAAGCGCCUCCUCCCCACCAAGGCAGGCAAGGAGAACGCCAAACCCAGAUAUAAGGCCCCCAAAAUCCAGAGGCUAGUGACCCCUGUAGUACUCCAGCGCAGACGUCACCGUCUGGCACUCAAGAAGAAGCGUCUGGCUAAGCGCAAGGCCUCCGAGGCCGACUACGCCAAACUGCUGGCUCAAAGAAAGAAGGAGUCCAAGGUCCGCCGCCAAGAAGAGAUCAAGCGCAGGCGAUCGGCUUCGAUGCGUGACUCAAAGAGCUCAGACAAGAGCGCGCCUCAAAAGUGAUCAUCUUACUUUUAACAAUAUAAAAAUGUAAAAGCUA